AUGGCGCCUACUCUUGAACACGCCCAUCCCCCAAACACGUGCCAGUAUCCGGCGCACACGAAGAGAGGAGACUACCUUAUUCAGGUGGCAUGGCCUCUAUGCUGGGGCGCAGACCGAAUUCCACAAGAAAAUGACGCUGAGGGCGUCUCCACCCUUUGUGGGCAUCGGUACCCUCCCGGGAAAUACGUCUACGACUUCCGCAGAGGACCGGAUCUCACUCCUCCAACUGCAGAUGGAAAAUACGACAUGCCGCUUGACAGGGAUGGAAACCCUCGGACUGAUCUCGCAUUUGGCGAAGCUGACGACUUUCUUGACUUUGUCCAGCACGACGUCAUGACGUACGUUGAGAAGACGCUAUUCCCACACGUCCCUCUUAGUACCAGCCGCAGAGCUCUUUUCGGGCAUUCCUACGGCGGAAUAUUCGCCUUGAACGCACUGUACACCAGGCCGACGCUAUUUGACACCUUUAUUGCCGCAAGUCCCGAUAUUGACUGGAACCUGUCCUCCAUGGUCAGGGAGCAGGAAGCAGCUUUUCGUGGGCGCGAGCACCCGGUCAACCCGCCCCCGGCUCUCGUGCUUACGUGGGGAACCGGCCAGCAAGAUCUGGUAAAGGGGCAAGAUGAGUCUGAUGAAUCAUUUGGGAAAAGGCUCGAGUGUGCCGAGAGUAAGACUAUGAGAGACAGUGCCAACGCCUUGGUGGAACGCUUGAACGCCUGCCCAAGCGUGCGCACCGUAUCAACGUGGGAGUUUGUAGGGGAGGAUCAUGGAAGUGCUGCAGUGACAGGAGUCCAACAUGGAAUCCUAAAGUUCUUGGUUGACAAGAUUUAA